CGCAGUGACGGUUCAGUUUUUCGUUUAACGUGUUCGUGUGGUGAAAUGUAUGCGCGACAACAUAUUUUUGAAAGUUCAUAUUGCGGUGCAAAAAGUAGCAACAACACAGUGGUUUUCGUGUGAAUUGUGGUUUGUGAUUUCAGAAAACAAAACGAAGGAAAUUAACGAAAUAUAAAAGUGAAGUUUCCUAAAGAAAUUUUCUUUGCCUCAAAAGAAUGAGAAAAAAGUUACACUGGAUAAACGGAUUACUUUAAGGUUAAAUUACAUAUACAAAUUGAGUGCGCGCAGUGAUUGUUGAGCCGCCUGCUCGCAGGAUCUUCCAAAACAAGCAGCAACUGAUAAAAAAAAAAAAAAAAAAAAUCGACACAAAAACAAGUGCAUUGGUGUAAAAAGUGAAAAAGUGUAGAACUGGUGGAAAACUAAUUUUUCUUCGCUCGCUUAAAAUUGAAAGGAUUACUUUAUUAUCAUUGGAUCAUUUAAUAAAAAAUUGGGAAAAUGACGCGACUUCAGCUUCGACUUGCCUCUUCUGCCUGCCAGCUUACACUCCUUGCCAUUAGUAUAACAGCUCUAGUGCCACACACCUGGGGUAUACAGCAGCAACAGAAUUUCCCUGCUGAUUAUCUGGUGCCACCACCAUUACCCACACCACAACAUCUGAAACAUCAAAAUGCACCAGCUCAUCAAGCCGCCGAGACAGUGGCGGCACCUAGUCACACCUCCUCCAUCAAUGCCGUCGAACCGCCUGGCUUUAUGUCACGCAUAGCACGCUGGUUCGGUCUCGGAGCAGCGGAACAAAAUCAAAUCGCCAACGGUUUCUCAUCGGAUGGUAAACAAGCAUACAAUUAUGAAGCACCCUUAGGACCAGAUGGUAAACCUUGUAACCGUUGCAAUAAAUAUCCUUGGGUGCCAAUGUUCCCGCAAGGUUUACAAUAUCAGGCGAACACUCAGCACGCCGCAGCGGUGCCACAACAGCACUCACAACAACACUAUGAAGCGCAAGCAUCACAGAAACAUACACAGCAACAGCCAUUGCCAUUUGGCAACACUGGAAAGCAACAGUUGCCCAUUAGACAACGCGCUGUACAGUUCAAUUUCCCCACAGUAUAUCAACCACUGCCUGGAUUGUACAAAGCACCACCUGCACCGGGAAAAGCUCCUGUAGCACCACCAUUCCUUCCAGUACCCAUACCGAAUCUCAGCUUGAACGCUUUGCCACCUAUUUAUAAUGCACAACCUUUCCGGUUGCCUUAUUUGACGCCUGCAGCUUCCACAACAACCACUGAAUCUACGGUCGGGAGUGCUCAGCAAUUGCCCACUACGAAACCCGCACACUUCGCGGAAAAUGUUGGAGCACCUUCGGAGUUGCAACCGGAUCGUGUGCGUCCAGAGCAGACAUACGCAACGCCAACACGAGUUCAUGAUCCCAGCUUUGAGAUUGUAAAGAGCCAUCAGAUCACCGAUUUCGUCUCAUCAGUCGAAUAUCCAGUCACGUUUGAGCAAUCGCCUUCUAUUGACUUAGGGCAGCAGCAAGCCCCAGUUAAUCCACAACCGGUCAAGCAGACGGUUGCGACGGUGUCUUAUCAGCAUGAGAAGUUCAGUCCAAAUCUACACAAGCACUUGCCUGCAUCGCAAAUACUCACCGAAUUGGGUAGUUUUGCGGGAAAACCUCAAACCCCACAGUCUCAACAGAGUCAGUCAUAUCUUAAUACACAGGACCAGGGUUCAACACCUCCCCAGCCACAAACACAACAACCACAACAGUCUCAAAUCUAUCAACAAACGGAUAAUUCCUACCAGACGGCAACACAACAGCAACAGGCCCAAUAUUCGCCAGCCACCACAACACAGUCCCAAACGGGGUAUACACAAUUUCAACAAAACUACGAGCCAUCCACAAAUUUCUAUACAACACCAUAUCAACAGCAGACGCAAUAUCAGCAGCACAAUUAUGAGUCACAGAAAGCUCCCUAUGAGUCACAAGGUGAAGACAACUUUCCAUCCGCUUCGUCGCACAAUCUUACCGAGGUGCAACAUCAGCAACAAAACAUGGACAGCAGACCUUGGUUGCCGCUGACACAAACCUUCCCCUACACAACUACAGAGCCACCACGCGAGUUCGAAUUCUCGACCCAAUUGUCGCAACUUGGUGAGGUGGACUAUAUAACGGAACGCGUGCAAGGGAAUACAAAAGUGCAAUUUUUAACUUCACUACAAACCCAACAACCACCGCGACCAGAGCAAGUAAGGCAUGAUCAACGUGGAACACCAAAACACUUAUUGGAUUCUCCCAUACAACAUGCGCCCGGUUUUCUUAAUCAACCACGCCCCUUUACGCGUGAUCCCAGCGAAUUGAAUUUGCGCCGACCGCCUGCGCCGUUUGUGACCCCACAACAUUAUUCAAAUCACAAGCCAAAUUCCGUCGACCUGCCCUUCUCCACUGCACCAUGGUUAGUGACGCCUUUGCCACCCUCGCCCACAUUCACGGGCGUACCUGCGGCGCCCACACCAACCUCCACCUACAGUGCCAUAGAUGCGAGCGGUCAAUAUGCUGGCAUGUCACCACCAACACCACCACCACCGGCACGUCAUAAGGACGUUCAUCAAAUAAUCAUUCCUUAUACGACGAAAAACAAGCCACGACCCUUUGAGCCCACACGUUCACAACCGACAGUUAAUCAAAUCGAUCAACAGAAUGCUGCUUUCCAGAAAUGGUCCGCCCAACAGAAUAGCGUGGAUAUACACGAACAGCAAGAGUCCAAAUUGGUGACUGCGAAAUUGGCUACGGAGACGCCUCCUCCCGAGCUACCGCGUCGCACCACGAAAUAUGUCACUAAAAUACUUGCCUCAAAUUUACGCGAUCUACUGCGACGCGAACAUGAAAUCAGACAACAGAAAACGAAUUCUUCGAGCUUUGAUCUCUCCAAGCUGCAGAAGAAUAUCGACGACUGGACGGAGCAGGAGUACACCUCACUGUCGCAUCGUCCAAGUACGCCAACAAUACGUGGUCGAUCCAAGCACAUACCAACUGAAUAUCUUACCACAACUACUCCAGCAUCACGUCGACCCAAAACAACAAUUAGUCUUUUUGAACCGCCCUCAGAGUUGCCAGCAUCCGUAAACGAUUUACAAUCGCUGCUGUUGGAACGCGGUUCGAAGCGUUUCGAAUUGAAUCAAAUAGCCGAUGAUGUCGAUAAUCAUUUAUUGGACACUCUAGAAAGCGAAACAGCGACAGUCUCUUCAGCAACGAGUCAAACAAACACUCAGCAACCGCCGAAUAGUAAUGGACAUGCGGCACCGAACUUCAUGCAUCUCGGUUCCGAAUCCUAUCAGCCCGAGCCGGCAGAACUUUGGCGCAAAGCCAAGGUUACCAUUUCGCCACAAACAAACGAGAAGGUGUAUGUGGUGACACCACAGCCGCGAUUCUUCCCACAACGUGCGCUUACCACAACUAGUACGAGCACAGAAGGGCCGGCCAGUUUUAGAAAGUCGCCACGCUUCAUAGUGAGACCAACACCCGGUAAUGGCACCCACUCAUCUGCGCCAGCAACCAGUUUUUAUAGUCCCGAGCUCUUCGGUCUGAUGGGUCUGUCGGCAUAUGUGCCAGCCAAGCCAGUGGAGAUUAUCGAUGGCAAUUCAAAAGUCUUCAAUAUCAUAACUGCGCCACCAAACACUCAUGCGGAUGAAUCCAACAAGCAGCCCUCGACCAAGGAUCAGUUGUCGCAGGUGAAGAAAGGCAGAAGACUGAGGUCGACAAUGUCGCCAUCGCCGAGAUAAAGUUGCUCAUGUUGCCGCGUUUAACAUCUGGAGUUAUCAAUUAGCCGAUCGUUCAUCUGUUCUACUUACUUUUGUAUUAUAAAUUUCAAACGAUUUUUUGUUGUAUACGCGAUCGUCUUUAGCCCUAAUUUAUUAGUUCUAGGUUUGGUGUAAAUUGUUACGAAAGUACACUUAGAGUUAAAUCUCAUGAAAAUAUUUGUAAGUGUAAUCUGCGCGUGGAAAUAGUUUUAAGAUUUAUUUAAUUGUAAUUCCAUGGAUCAUAUACUAUAUACACCAUAUAUGUAUAUAAUGUAUGUAUACAUAUUAUAUAUACUUUAUGAAUCGACCAAAAGACGCAAGAAAUAACAUCGAGAAGAUCCUUCUGCAGCAACGCAAACACAUAAACUCUUCGGAACUCUACACGCGGUCCUAGCGGAUUUGAACUUUAAAACUAGCUUUAAAAAACAUAUAAUAUAACGUACAUGUCUAUUAUAUAUAGAAAUGUAUUACUUAGAAAAAUAAUACC